ACCUAUGAAGUCAGCAGUCCCCAACCCCCACCCUGAACACAUGCUCAACAUCCUCUGGGCACAGCUGAGAAUUAGACAGAGGGAGAGAGAGAGAGAGCGCGGUGAAGUGGAAAUAUGGGUGAGCAUCAGAGAAGGACAGAAAUAGAGCGAUAAAGCAGUGAAUUAGGCAGCAGAGGCAGGGAGGAGGAGGAGGAGGAGGAGGAGGAGAAUCAGAGACAGUGAGUGAGCCAGUGAUGCUUCGUGCAGACAAGGUUAUAUUCUAGCAGCAGGAAGCUCGCGUUGUGGAUGUGGAUGUGGAUGUGAGCACCUUGCGGAUUUUGCUCAUCUGGAUCCAAAAAAAAAACAACUGCAGACCAGACAGAGGAUGCGACUGUGGCUGGAUGCGAGGAUCCAUGUGGGCCCGUGACGUGUGCACUCCCCUCGGUGGCUUCAUUUUUCGCCAUGAGAACGACUCCGGCAGCUCUGACCCAGAUUGUGGAGUCGUGGCUCUUCGCCGUGCGCCGCUGCUCCGGUGGUCUGCUGCCAGUGUGAUGCGGAUGAGGAGCUCUUUACACGUCUCCGCCACCUCCUGACACCCGCCUCAGCGGAUAGCGGACAGAUAGCAGGCUACGCCGCCAAACACUGAUCCAUAACAAUAAAAAUAAUCCCCAGCUGGAGAGCAAACAACAUCUGGGCCCGGAGAGAAGGGACAGGGUGAAGUCUCAGCAGUGUGGGCGGCAGAUGGUGACACUGCAGCAGCACUUCUCCAGCAUGGAGGAGACGGUGCGAACGCUCAUACAGAACCAGGACUCACUGGAAGGGCCCAAAGUGGACCCACUGGACCUGAUGAAAGCUUACAAGGACAAACUCUUGGAGGAAAUGUGGAAGCAACAGGACAGUCUGGAGGGUCCCACGUCCACGGUGGCGGAGAAACCCACCUCACCCGAGGACGGUGAUGGAGUGGACAACUCAGAGGACAAUUCCAAAGACAGCAAUCCCCUGCUGGAGCGACUCAGAGUGCUGGAGGCAGAGAACUCAGCUCUGUCGAUGGAAAAUGACAACCAGAGGAAACAGUACGAACGCUGUUUGGACGAGGUGGCUAACCAGGUGGUCCAGGCCCUCUUAACACAAAAGGACUUGAAAGAGGAAUGUGUGAAACUGAGGACUCGUGUUUUUGACUUGGAGCAACAAAACCGCAUACUGAGCGUCCUGUUUCAACAACGUGUCAAAAUGUCCACGGUUCCCGUCUCCCAGGAGGUCCAAAGAAAUGGGAAAGCAGGUAUUCCUGCAGGACGUUGGCCCAGCCUGCUGAGCCUCACAUGCCCACGCAGUAGUGGUAGCGGCAGUGGCAGUGAACUAUCACUAUCCAGUGCUUGUAGUGAAUACUCCAGUGGCUCGCACACUUGGGCAGAGGGACGUGGCUUCUCCAAGCAGUGUGCCACAAGCCGGGACAAAAGGUUGAGUACGGGAUCAGUGUCCAGCAAUCAUUCAGCGCCCAUUGAGCAAGCAGACCUUGGAUGGAAGGAGGGCCACAUUUUGAAAGGUCUGAAGCGCCUCCAAAUGCACAGCUCCAAAGAGGCAUCCUCAGUUGCAUCUGUGCCACACUGCAAAGAUUGUAUGACGUCAAAUGAGGGCAUAUAUUCUCUUGGUGUCAAAAGUGGCCAACAAGGAACUCCAGCCAAGCCAGUAGUCUCUCCAAGUAAAUCUUGCAAGCCUGUAGCUGGGACUGGUACCCUAGACUCUGAUGAUGCAGACGACGAAUCGCCGGAAUUACCAAACAGGGAAUCCGGCGAGCAACCAACUAAAGACCUUCUUUGCUUGGACAAACUGGAUGUCACGAGGGACGUUGACAAAACAUAUCAAGAGGACCCUGUGAAGCUUUCAGGGAGUUCUGGUCUGUUUCCCUCACCUGUUACAGACAAUGUUUUAUUUUUGGAGGCUCCUUCAGUCAAACCUGGUGUAAGUCCAACUGGUAGCUUUACACAACUAGAGGACAAGGACAAGGAAUCACUAGAAAAACACAAAGCAUCAGGCAUAAAGUUUAGUGACAAAAACAAUAACCAAGAAAGACCUACUGACCGAAAAUCCAGACUUGAUCAUGUCAAAAGGCCCCAGGGAAGACUUAUCAUCAGGCAAAUGGAAGCAGGAGCAGGUGAUGUUGGUUUGUCUAUCCAGCAUACCGCCACCAGAGCUCUGAGCUGCAUGAAUGAAGCCAGGCAGCGCAGCUCGUCAAUGGAGGUUCCUCACUGCAGAGAUCAGGCAAGUCAAGCUUGUGGUGAAUGCCAGGACUUCGCCGUCUCUGAAUCUCCACAGCGGAAACCGAAACCUCAGCUUUGCGACUCUGCAAGGAAGGCUUUCAUUCUGCGGAGCAAAAGUGCAGAUGGAGCACAAGAGCAACCCAAGCAGACACAUUCUCCUCUGCAUCAAAAGCUUAUUAAAGGUCACAGGUCCAAGGGACAGACAAACACAAACCCUACAGGGCACAGCAUUCCCAGCAAAAGGACAAAUCUAAACAAGGCACAUGGUUCAAGCAAGGGAACGUUAUCCAAAGCUGAGAAAAAUGGGGAUUUUGUCAUGUCAUCUAACUCCAAGUCACUUGAAAGUGUGCAACAGCGCUCUCCCCUUGCAUCCCCUGUGAAAAAUCCAAAAACAUUUAAGUCUGCAGGGGUCAACGAAUGCUCAAAGAGUCCCACAAAAUCCUCCUUGCAAAUCAAUAGGCUUCAGUCCUGCAAUGACACAGUGGAAGAGGGAAUCUAUGACAACUUACCCUGCUCGCCAAGAAAACAGCAACCCCAAGACCCCCACUCAGAACCUAGGUCCCCAUCCCCACCGUUGGCCCCAGGCCGAACCACUUCUCUUCUCCUUAGACCCGGCGCUGACAACUUACAGAAAGAUCAAAAAUUUGCAAAUCAGGCUCAGAGCUCCACCACAAAAACAAGCACCUCCAAGACACAAUCAAAUCAGCCUUACUCCGAUUUACAGCCUCAACAAUCCAACACCAUAAAUGACAAUCAACACACAGCCCUACAAAUAGGUGCUGAAGGUAAACCACCGAAAGAUAUUCCUACAAAAAUCUACCAUAGCCACUCAUCUAAGAUACCACCUGUCUCCUUAGUUCAAGAAUCUCAAGCUUCAGAGUCAGCCCCAUUAUCCACAGACAGAACUGCCACAUGCCACGAUGAAAAAGGAGUUCACUCUAUAAUACCAAGUCAGAACAUCUUGCAAAGAUCCCAGCAGAGCAUUAGCGAGCCAAAACUUUCAGAAGUAUUGCCUCCAGUGUAUUCUAAUGUUUACUACCAUGGGAUUGCGAAUCCCCAGACCUCCACCUCAAAAGCUGUAAAAAGGACUCUUCCCGUGAAUGCUAAAUCUCACGAGGCAAUUUCUGGACAAGAAUCAAGUACCUUUCUCAUUUUUGGCAGGCAAAACAAAGACAAUGCAAAUUUCACAACAAAAAGUGUCCAAGCCUUUCAAACUUUUACAUGUGAUCCCCAGAUGAUACAUGAUGGCGGUGCACAUGACAAAGCCCGCAGAAAGAUUGAUACCCGCUGUAACUCACUUGACUCUGAACCUGUUCAGCCUGUUGCAUCAGACAAUGGGAUGAUGUUAGACUGGGGGUUUGAUGAGGAAGGCUGGCUGUUUAAACGCUCUGUGUCCGUGUCUACCAGGCCUCCUCUUAAACCAGUAAUGGGCAUGAAUGGGGCCAAGGCUCGUAGUCAGAGCUUUGGUGCACGCUACAUGGACAGACCAAGCUUCAACCGAUCUGGAAAGGUCCGCACUCAGAUCAAAACACACUCAGGGAGCUCCCUGAACUCCCUUGGUGAUUUCCUCCCAGGAAGUUUGAGCUGCUCCAGUAGUUACCAUUGUCCAAUGAAUCGAUCCCUUUUAAACAAUUUCUUGAUAGAAGAAGGCCUGGCAGUUCCCUCACAGCUGGGCUCCUCCAGUGAAAGACUUCAGAGUCUCAAGCUACAACGAGAGCAGGCUAGACGCCUUCAGAUUGAGCAGCAGUUUUCAAGCGCCUUUGGGGAGCCAGUGUCCGAAGAACCGGAGAGACAAAGCACUAUAACCACGAUUGAAGAGAAGGUGAUGCUUGGCAUCGAGGAGAACUUGCACAAGUCUCAAGAACAGGAGAAAACCACUGAAGUGAAGCAAAAAUCAGGCUCAAGCUUGGCAAACUGGUUUGGGUUUCGUAAGAGUAAGCUUCCUGCUCCAAGCAGCAAAAAGACUGAUCCACCAAAAGUCAAAGAAGACAAGAGGGAGCAGAAGAUAACAUCACUUCUUGGAGGAAAGCAGACAAAGUCUGACAAAAAGAAGGACAGAAGAAAAAGUGAUGGAAAAGACUGCUCUGUGGGCAGAAGAGAGUCUCAUGAUGCAGUGCGGGCCUGCAUCUCAAUGCCCUGCCCAGGGAUGUCCCUGAGUGAGAUACAAGGACACAGCGACAUUAUCAGUGACCCAAAGAUGCAGAUGAUGAACCGAAAAGCUGAUGGUGAAAAUGGAUCCACAGUGAAGAGCCCCAACCAGGAUUCAGUUAUAGGCUCUGGCUGCAAGAUGCGAACGUUGGACAGUGGAAUUGGGACCAUCCCCCUCCCUGAAUCCUGUUCCUUCUUCUCCUCCAUCCUGCACUUCCUCCCCAAAUCCUCCUCGACCCCCGAACAGUCCCUCAGUCCUCCCAGUGUCCCCGACUCCUCCAGCGAGGACGUGUCUCCUUCCCCGUUGCCCCGGUGGAGGAUUCCCUCCAGCUUUAAGGACAGCAGCCAUGCCGGGGUGCCGAACUCCUUGUCCGACUCCUCCAUGACCCAUAUCCAGUCAGUGCCUUUCCCCACUGUGGCCUUCCUCCAGCCCAUCCAACCCCUGUCUGAACGCAUUGUGACCUCUGCCAGUGUGUGUGAUUCCCAGAGCAGGCUACCCAGACCACCACCAGGUGGAAUGGAACCAAAGAAGCUGACCUACAUCAAAUCGAAAACACGAGCCACACCAAGCCAACAGAAAGAACAGACGAGACUUCAGCUCGCCAGCUAGUUUCUGACGUCCGCCUGAAGCAGGAAUCAAGUUGGAAUUAUUGCUCCACCGUACACAGAACAGAGGAUCCUUAAACUCCACAGGACGGACGCUGUGUCUGUGAAACACGAUGAAGCUCAGAACUGGACAGUGAACGAACUUGGCGUCGUGAGCUUCCACCUGCACUCGAUGGGGUGUAAAGAAGAAGCCCGCUGCAUUUCACGUGUAGUGAGAAACCAUCUGGCAGCCAUUUUGGAGGUCUGCGCUUCACUGGCAUCACAACUGUGAGCGGUUUAAAUGCACAACUCCCCCUCCCACACCCCCCACCCCCCAGGCAUGCUCACACAUGGUUGAUUUCUCUGAUGUUUUUUUGUUUUAGCAAUGAUAAAACCUACCUAAACAUGUCUAACAGAGUCAUCUAAACACAUCCCGUUUAAGCUAAUCUCAGCUAACAGUAGCAGCCGGAUCUCAGCACAGCCACCAACAUAACCUCACCCAAGCUGCAGCUGUAGUUAGGUUAAAUUUAUGAAUUUAUCAGCCAAAUAAAUAAGUAAAUAAACACUCAUAUGCAGACUAUGAGUUUUUGGGGUUAUGCAAAGUGAAACCAAAGCAAAUUGUUUAGGUUUGGUUAAAGACUGGAACACGUAGUUUGAUAUGAAAUGUUAAACAUUUUAAUGUGGCUUUUACUCGUAUCCAUUCAUCACUGACUAACGUUUGUCUCUGGCGUCAACACAGGACGACGUUUCCUGCACUGGAGCUAAAUGUUCCCACGCAAACAGAGCACUUUGUAGUUUUAGAAGAUAUGUACUUAAAUGAGGCAAAAGGCGCUAACAUUAAAUAUGGAACUGUCAAUAUUUUGUUGUUGCUGCAGUGAAUUUGGUCAACUUUAGUUCCAUAUAACACCAUAACAUAUCAGCGUGGCUAGACGUACGAUAAUUAUCAUAUGUGUACAAUAAUAUCACCCUCUAAUGAUCAACAAAUCCAAAAAUCUCAUAAUGUAUCUUAAUUUGACCCCUUCAAUACUUGACUAUUAGCAAAUAAUCAUGCAGAAAAACACAUAAGAAAUCCAGGUUCAGCCACUCAGAUGGGUUUGAAAGAGUAAAAGGCCUUUAAUUUAACUGGCUGGAGUCAUUAAAAAAAAGACACCUCCAUGUUUUGGUAUGAAAGUAUGAAACUACAACGUGUAAAAUCACAGCAUAUAAAAUAUAAAAUAACCCGUCCAAUGCUAUGACAAUUUAUAGUAUCAUAAAACACAGUUGAGUUACCUUUUUGUUUUAACGAGACAAAAGGACUCAAGACACCAUCUCUGAGACAAAAAAAAUAUUUUUACAACAAUCUCAACAAAGAAGAUGAGAGGUCUAAGUCCUCACUGAGACCAGAAUGAGUGGUGGCCUUAAGGGCAUAAAUCCAAUAAGCUUCUCUUUGUUUGAGUCUUUUAGGGUUGAAUUACUUCCAUGCUGUGUUUCUAGGAAGCGUUUGGCCAUGAGAUAAUUCAAGUUUCCAGUCCAAAUGGCUCAUUUUUAAUGACUCCAGUCUGUCAAAUUAAAGGGCUUUUGCUUUUUCAAACCCCUUUGUGUGUCUGGACCUGGAUUUUUUUAUGCAUUUUUCCGCACGAUGUUUCCAUUUUCCUUCAGCCAUUAGUUCCCUCUCCAGUGCACCAUUGGUUUGAGGGACAUCAAACAUUUUGGAAAAUAAGAUAAUUUCUAGCUUCUGGUUUGAUAAUUUGUCAUUUCCCAUCUGGCAACACUGUCACAUGUAGACAUACAUCAUACCUGUUUCACAGCUUGGUGUUUAAAGCUACGUUCACAUCCAGGCAGCAUUUGACCUCCACCAUCAUUUACGAAGCCUUUUUAGUUCUUUAGCAUGCUAGCUAAUAGCCAAUUCAGGCCACACAAUGCCAUAGCCUGCUGUCUGGUUAUAUCUUAACCCAAACAAGGGCAGAAAAUAAUGCAUGUUGCUUGAAGCAGGUUCAAGCAUUUAAACAGCUUUUCAUAAGCACCAUCGUUUCACCACCAGACCUCCACUAUGGCACCAGCUGUGCUCGCUGUCGGAGUCCGAAGUCCUGCAUUUUCCAGCCAUGUGUAAACAUUUUAAAGAAUUGCUCAUUUUGCAUCAGAAGUAGUGAAGAUCAAAGGAAGUAAACAUGCAUGAGAUGGAACUUUACAAUGUCACAAAUUGUGAUUCCAUCCUUAAAAUAUUCCAUGUACAGCACUAACUACUGCUUGCCAUGUACGAGCUCUAUACCUGACUGAGUAAUGUGAAUCUUUACAGUGUGCACCAACUAGUUGGAGACUUUUUAUUUAUUGUCACGGUGUUAAUAUCUACUUGCAUGCGACCACCCCAUCGGGCUGUUUCUAAUUACAGUGAUGACACAUCAUAUAAAUCCAUCGUAUGUUUUAUUGCAAAUACAGAUAUGUGAGUCUUGACGUGCACUUUUAAAUAUUUAACGAAUAAUUACAUAUGAAUUAAUCUGCCGCUGUUUUUGUAGGUGUGUUUUUUUUUUGUUUUUUUGAAACAGUGCAUGUCUCAUGUUGAAAUGAACCUCAUUGUGUGUGAACUGCAUUCUUAAUUUUCUGUGCGUUUCCACAGUUAUGACAUCGAGACAACGCAGUGAGUUUUGCAUGUAACUCUAGUUAUAAAGCACCUACGGGCGCCUAGUAAACAUUGUUGUGCUAGCUCAGGGAAAAACGACAUUUAUUGUCUCGGAUAGAUGCUGUGGACUUAUUUAAUUAUCCUCAACGUUGGUAUGUGCAACCAUUUCAUUAGAAGCGGUUUAAGUCUGUACAUAUAUCUGUCAGAUAUCUCACUGUGUCCUUUAUAUUUCCGUUUGUAGUGUUAUGAAUGCAUCCUCCUGGCCUUUUUUGUCCACUCCCUGCUGUCCAUGUGUAGAUAUUUGCCAAAAUGCAUACUGCUCUGAGCUAAUCUCAUACACAGAAAAUGAAUGCAAGUAAAUCUACAUAUCAGGCCUGCCUAUAGCCAUAGAGACAGUUUACAUUUUCACACGAAACACAGCUCUGGAGCACCGUAACGUUGCACAAUAUCACUGGUAUUCUCAUAAUACUGCACUCACCUUUCAGUUGCUCACAUGCUACAUGUAUAUUUAUAUAUAUUGAAGGUGAUAUUUGAAAAAAAAUAAAUAAAAAAUGCAGCAGCGUUUAUGCCAAGAGCAACACAUGUUUAAUAAGUGAUGUAUGUAGCAAACACAGUUGGAGUUAGUGGAUCAGGGAACAGAUUGGCUGUACUGAUACGGGUAGAUGGAGCGCGGCGUCUGUGUUUUUAAAAAUGGCUCAAACUGUAACGAAGAGUGUUGUAUUUUUCUAACGUUCGAUUCCCUGUAUUUCUACUUAGCACUGAUGAGUCUGAUUUACCAUUUAUAGCCACACAUUAGCACUCACUAUGACAGUAGCUCUCCUUUAAAUGUGUGCCGUGGUUUCUUUUUUUUUGUUUGUUUGUUUGUUUGUUUGUUUGUUUUCUUUCAGAACCCGAUAAUAACCGUGAUGUUCUUGUGUGACAGUCACCUUAGCAGUUCAAAAUGAGAAUUGUAUAUUACUGAUAUUCUUUGUUUAAUGUCGGAGAAAGAAAGAAAAAAUAAACUAUUUCAGUACUUAUACUAAUCCAA